AUGCACGAAGAAGAGCACUGCAGAGCCGACUGCAGAGGAUGCGGCAAAUGCCAGGAAAAAAAGGCUCGGAAAAUGGUAAAUAUAAGCGAUGCAUUUCUGUCCAAGGCGAUUUACACAAAAAAGCCCACAUACUACACAAACAAGUACAUGGAUCUCCUGGGCGCAGCGGAAACACGGCACGCGUCUCCCCCGUCUUUUCCAGAGACUCUUCCGUUUGGCUCAGCUGCAGGGUUUCCUCGGAUGCGGGUGAAGCCGCCUGGGAGCGAGUUUGGAGGGGGUAGAUACAGCAGUGAAGGCUUCUCAAAGCUCAACUCUCCGAGAAAGAUACCUGUGCCCUCGGACCUGCCGUUUAGAGGGCCUGGAGUGCUGCAGGAAAGCCCGGGGAAGGAGAAGAGCGCGUUUCCAGGGAGCAUGAAGAGACCCAGCGCAUCUGCAGGGACUUCAUUCUCUUUCAAUGGCAGCGGAGGGGCAGGGGAGCCGUGGGAGACUGUGAAGAGACUUGGCGCUUCGUAUGCGCAUCUACCGCAUAUAAAUAGAAUGGGCAGUGCAAUAGAUAAUAGCCCAAAGGCAAAUACGCAUCUAAGUGCCAGUGGGAUAGAUAGCGGAUACGGCGCUAUGUUUAAGAACAGCCCGGACUCUACGCUAAUGUCUAGCCCCAUUAUGAACCUCUCCACGCCCCACGGCUUAUCGUUCUUUAACAGCGAGCUGCAGACCGUAGAUAGUCGACUGAAUGUAACAAGUCCGUACGCGAGCAAAAGCUACCAGACAAAGAGCAGUCCUGGGCUGCUGAGCCAGGAGAUAGGCGGAGGAGUGGGAGGGGCAGUAUUCUCGCCAAUUGAAGCACAUGGCCACUCUAAUGUGCACUCAUUCAGCUCAAGCGGUAUUUCGAAUACUAGCGCCAUAGAGGGAGAAGGAUUCUAUGGAGCGCUGCCGAACAUUCAGGCUUUUUCAGAGAGCUCAUUUGGAGGGCGGAGAGCAGAGGGCGCAUCGAGCAGCAUGUACAACCCGCUGCUGAGCAGUAUGUACGAUGUUUCGCAGAUGUCGCAGCUACGGCACACGAGCAUUCUGUCAUCUGCAGUUAUGCCGCUCAUUGAUGGGUCGAUUGAUUCAGCCAGGCAGCACUCUCGGCUGAAUGAGGUGCUGGGCCUUCCAAAGAUCCAGCCACACCACGUAAUGCUCACAAAGAACAUACUCAGCAUAGUUAUUUCAAAUGGAGGGCUGCAGGUGGUUGACGAAAAGAAUCUCUGGGGGAUGGUUGCCAAAGAGAUCGGCCAGAAAACAGACGAUAUCAUGCGCCUUCGAAUGUACUACAUCAUAGUGUGCUAUCCGUACGAGCAGAUUAGGCUGGUGCGCGCGCUCGCAGAUGGCGUGGUACGAACACUGGUGAUAGUGUACAUUGAUCCUAAAAAGGCAGACAUUCUGCCGGAUAUUAUUAGCCAGCUGGGGCAGAAGAAAAAAACAGAAGGAAAAACACAGAAAACAGUGAAGGUUGUUGAAACAAGCGGUAUUCUAGAGGUUGUGGUGGCACUGAAUGAGAUGUACGUAAAUGGAGUUAAGUCCAGCCACGAGCUGAAAGAGUCUCUGAGGAAGUUUAAAGGGCUUUCGUGCGAGUCAGAGGAGGCACGAGAUGUACUCUCUUGCCAGGAGAUGGCUCUCAUUGAAAUGCAGAUGCGAGCUAUUAUGGCAGAGUGGGUGUCCAGGAAAAUAGAGGAGGUUUCUUUAAAAGAAAAAGGGGUAGACAAAGAGGUUAUAGAAAAUUACGAAGACAUGUUGUGUGAAAUAUUGAAAAGAGCUGAAAAAAGAGAAAUAGCACAAAAAGCACCAGAGACCAAGGACAGUAAGGUAGAAUGCUCUAGCUCAGAGAAGACGGAAAGCUCAGAGAUAGAGAAAGAAAGUGAUUACGUGGAAGUGAAGAGAGAAGAGAGAGAGGAAAGGACAGAAAAGCCGUUAGAAAAAGUAUUAGAAGAGAAGAGUCACGAAAAGAGCCUCUCUUCAGAUGCUUAUCUCCCUAAUGCAGAAGAGGAGAGCAUGAAAGAGACAGAAAGUGGAUGCACUCGUAUGUGUGCUAGAAAGUAUAGAGAUUAUAAGAGGCUAUUGUAUCUGUAUCCUUGCAUAGAGCUAAAAGAUAGAGCAGAUGUCUCUGUGAGAAAGUGCACACAGCACAGUAUGUGCAGGAUAUACCAGAACAACUUUUGUCCAUGUGGGAAAACAGCUAUUAAGUUUGACACAGUGGCUGAAGAAUAUUACAGUGCUCUUGUGUUCUUAGCCAAAUCAACAGCACUGCAUGUUUCGUCUAGCACGGUUUCUCUUCUGGCAAGGAUCUUAGAGCAUCUCCCAGAAGAAGCGCUUUCUUUCAGGCACAGAUAUAUAUACAAAGGACUUAUAUCCCUGUGGAACAUUCUAAAGGAAAAAGAGGCACAAGACUCGUCUUUUGUGGUGAAUAAAAAACAGGCCAAUGAGUGUUUUUCAAAAAUAACAAAAGAAGUCAGAAAGCUUCUAAGCUCCUGCAUCCUCUCAAGACAGGACAUUCUUUCGGUUCUUUCGAACGGACAGCUGGAGGUUAUUUUCAAAAUAGCAAACACAAAAGAUGGGUCGGUCAUAUUGGAAGAGGUAAGCCCUAAAAGACUUGCGGAAAUAUGGAGGUAUCUACUGCUCCUAGUGUGCAAGGGCUUUUUCUCUGGCCCGCUUGAGACCCUCCAGGAAACAGCGCUUAUUUGCUUGGAUAAGCUCUCGAUGUACCUGCACAAAUACUUUAUUAAGAACAAGAUCUCCAGCGAUGUUCUGGGAGUGAUGGAGCUGAAGGAGGGAGACUGGAUAGAGGACGUUCUCUCUUUUGACAUGUUUGCAGAGUCUGUCUAUUCCUUCUGCGACUUUCUUUUUUCGCCGCAAAUACCAUUGUAG